CAUAACUCAGAAUCAGAAGAGUGCGCAGAGCAGAUAGACUGUUUGUUUGUCUCCUUAUUCUACAUCAUUCCUCCUCUGACCAUGGAGUAUAGGAAGAACAGGAGAGGAUAUCCGGAAAAAUUUGUGCGAAAACAGCACUUGAAGCUGAAUGAUUUAAGGCAGGUAGUUCAAACCAACUACUUAAACAAAUGCAUCCCAGAAUACCCCCGACCAGAGUUCUAUGUGUCUCAUCUGAAACACGACACAGACGGAGAUGGACUGGGUGGCAUCUGGACGGAUAAUGGCUUCAAGAGCCAUCACCAAAGUUCUCUGGUGUGGUGGAGUCUGGUUGUGACACCUGAUGACAUGGAGUCAGCUGAGAGGAGGCUCCUGGAGGAAACCUACCCCGACCGCACAGAGGAGCAGACCCAGAUGCAGCAGAGCUUCCUGGAGAAGUUUGCCACCUCUCCUGCCUUCAAGAAGACCUCCAGGCUGGGCUCGUUCCGCUUCACCUUCCCCCUGGAGGAGGUGCUGGAUGCUUACAGCGAGCAGUUUUGCUCCGGUGCUCAGCCCAUCAUGCGGGUGUUUGAGACCGUCCUGUACAAACAGGAAGUGGUGUACACUGUGCUGGUCCACAGCCCAGCCAAUCAGGAGUUCUCAGACUAUCCUUUGCUGACUGACGACCCAGACGCUGUCUGUGCUUAUAGAGAUGGCCGCUUCAUCUGGAGGCCUGAGGCCAUGAGUGAGACACACAGCUAUGAGCUGAUCCGGAGACCUGGUGAAAAGCAGAUGGAAGCACAGAAGGUGGCGUCUUACCCUCAGUUUUAUGUUUGGGAUAAUGUCGCCAUCGCCCUGCACGUGGAGGAACAGGUGCUGAAAUUUGAUUCUGGCCGACUGAGAGAGAACCUCAAGUACUGCGACAUAGAAGGCUUUGUAUAUACACGUAGUAACACCCUUGUGAGCUUCCCAGACGCUAAAGAGAUUGUGGAGGAGUUGUGGCCUGGCUGUCCCCCACUGGAGGAAGAUAAAGAACCAAAUUCAGAGAAUGAAUGAAUGAAUUUUAUUUUGGUUACAUACGUCUUGAGAAACAAAGAUUAUUCCACACAAAUUUUCUCAGUCAAUAACCAAAAAGAAACAGGCUGAAGCCCCAGCCUUAUUUUUGCCUCUCCAAUAACAACCAGAGGAAACCCCAGAAUUUCAACAACACCAAAGAAAGGAAAUAAAUUAAUUAUAAAUACAUUAUACUCUGAAUUAUAAACCUCAAUUAUUUUACAUUUUAAUCAUUUUAAGACUUUUUUUAAGCACUGAGUCUAGUCCACAACUUGACUCCCAAAACUGAAACACAUCUGUAUUUUACAUUGGUUCCCACUUCACAUGUUUCAUAAAGAAACAACCCUCUUAAAUUAUAAUCUCCUUCUCUUAAUCUAAAAAAAUAUUGCAGACAAACAGGAAGUUUCUCUUGGCAACAUGAAAAAGUAUUUCCAAUAUUUUUAAAUACACAAAUGUCUGGAAACUGGAGGAGCUCUUUUCUGACAUUUAACUAUGGGUCUACAUGAAUCUUUGUUUUAUAUGCAUUUUCUCAAAUUUCAGCAUAGGUCAAUAUAUACAAACAUUUCUUACUCAACAACUGUCAGCAGCAGCAAUGGAUUUAGAUAAUUUCGGUUUAAUAUGUUCUAUGUGUGGCUUCCAACAUGGUUUAUGAUCUAAAAUCACUCUAUAUCAUAUAUAUACUCUAUAAUCACUAUAAUCACACAAAAUUUUGUUUGAUGUACUCUUUCAAUCAUUUAAAUUCAAUUUUAUUUCACAAUUAGUCCUGAUACUCCCGAACACCAUGAAUUUAGGUUUAUAUUUUCAACUUGAUCAAUUCCCUUUCUACUGCUUUUAAUAACUCUUUCAUGUCCUCACCUGGACAAAAUAAAUUUGUUUCAUCAGCAAAUGUUACAGAUUUCAACAUAUUAGAUACCGUACAAAUAUCAUUUAAAUAAAGUAUAGAUAACUUAGGUCCUAGUACUGAACCUUGUGGAACACCACAGGUUACUCAUCUAAGAUAGUUUUAAUUUCACAUACUGAAACCUAUUAUUUAAAUAACUAUUUAACCAAAGUUGUGUGAAACCUCUUAAACCAUAGUGUUCACAUGGUAUAAGAAGUAGGGAAUGAUUGAUUGUGUCAAAUGCUUAAUGUAAAUCAAUAAAUACACUAUAACUCGUAUUUCUCAACAAAGUCCUGAAAGUCUGUUUUUAGUAUUUCAUAAAAUUGAAGUGGCAACAAUGACACAGGUCUAUAAUUUGAUAAUUUGAUACAAUAUGCUUGUCACUAUUUUUAUAGAUUGUAACCACUUUAGCCUUUUUCAUUUUAUCAGGAAAAAUACUUGUAGUGGUGGUGCUUCGCAAUGCUACUUUUAAUAAACUCUGUGGUGUCAGGUCA